CUCCCUCCCACCCUCCCCGUGUGGGGCGGAGCGGUUCCUUUCAGGCAGGCGCUGGCUGGGCAGUGAUGGCGGACGAUGGGGAUGGGAAGCUAAGGACUGAACAAGGAGGCGGGGGUGGCAGCGGCGGUAGCCGUCCGGAGGAGACGGCGGCCGGGAACUGGCUCGGGGGUAGCGGGCUCGACAUGCUGUUGAGCUUGGCGGUGUUGGCGAUUGUGGCAUUGGCGGCCUAUCGUCUCUACAAGCGCUGGGGCAAAAGGAGCGGAGCGGGGGGCGCGGCGCAGCAGAGCCAGGCCGACUCCUUGCCCCGUAUGAAGCGGCGGGACUUCACACUGGAGCAGCUGCGCGAAUACGACGGCGCGCGCACGCCGCGCAUCCUCCUGGCUGUCAACGGCAAAGUCUUCGACGUGACCAAAGGCAGCAAGUUCUACGGGCCCGAGGGCCCUUAUGGAAUAUUUGCUGGCAGAGAUGCGUCAAGGGGACUAGCAACUUUCUGUCUAGACAAAGAUGCACUUAGAGAUGAAUAUGACGACUUAUCGGACUUAAAUGCUGUGCAAAUGGAAAGUGUUAGAGAAUGGGAAAUGCAAUUUAAAGAAAAAUAUGACUAUGUGGGUAGACUGCUAAAACCAGGAGAGGAACCAUCAGAAUAUACAGAUGAAGAAGAUACCAAGGAUCACACUAAACAGGAAUGAACGUUGUAAAUCACCAAAGUCAGGGGCCUUUGGAACUGCAAUCUCUUAUUCUCCAUCACAGAAUGCCGUGUCUUCGGGUACAGUUCAUCUGCUGUGGAAAACAACUUGAUAGGUUUUGUACAAGAACAUCAUCCUCUCAACAAAAAAUUGAUUACUAGGCAUUCUUUGUGCUGCCAAAUAUAUAUUUUUUGUUGCAAUUUGUAACUGUAAUGUCUGUAAAGGCUUCAUAAAUGAAAUGGGUGCAGGGAUUGAAAAUGCAAAGAAAAGUGUUCUUUUUAGCAUGUUGAAGCCUUUGAACAGUUUGUUAUUUACAAGCUUAAAUGUUCCAUAUGCCAUUUUUUUACUCCUUUGGCGCUAAAUGGAAAACUUAGUUAAGGAAUCCCAAGUAAAUUUGUCUACUGAAAAGUAAUAAAAUGAGAAUACUUCAACUAGUUUGUGGGCCAUUGGUUUCCAUGGCAGAAACCUACUUCAUAUCUCUGCAGAUUACAGGGUUUCAAAUAGAUUCUCCUGAAGGAUAGAGGAAAAUAUCUGCAGAAGCUAUCAACUGAGACCUGCCUUCUAUGCUUUUCCUUCCCACUCAAUCAAAUCGGAAUAAUUGUGCCUUAUUUCAGCUUAGAGACUUGGAUUGUUUUAAGGGAAACCCCCAAAUGUGACAUGAGUUGCUAAAAGCAGCAUUGAGGACUGAAGUUAGAACAUUCGGGUGACUGGAAAAAAUUGAUGUCAUUCUGUAUAUAGAAUGUAAAGGAAUACUCAGUGUUACUGCCAUAUAUAUAUGUUAAUAUACAUGAACUUAAUUAGCAGUGUAAUGGCCAAAUGCAUUCCCCUUUUGUUUUUAAAUGAAUAAGCCCACUUCCCUUUUCAGUCCCCAGGGAGCUCCCUAAGCUUAAGGAGCCUAGGCUGAUAUCUUUGUGAAGUGAGGGGUGUGCAUGGGUGUGGGUGCUCCAGUGUAAGAAAUGGGAGGGAUGGUUCCUGCAGAUACUGUAAAUAUGAAUACAAUUUUAAUAAAGCAUGUAAAAUACCAAA